AUGCAUCUACACAACCUCCUCCUCACAGCCCUAUCCCUCGGGACGGGUGUUCUGGGCGCACCCGCCGAGUUAGUCACUCGCGCAACUAGAAAUAGUGCCCCCUCAGGCUGCUUGACUGUCGGUUCGGGUGGAAAAUACUCAACUAUCGGCGAUGCCUUGACUGCUCUCGGCUCGUCAUCCGCAGCGGCUUGUAUCUAUAUCGCAAGUGGCACGUACAAGGAACAGAUUACUAUCAAAUAUGCCGGUGCUCUGACUUUGUAUGGUCAGACUGCUGAUACGCAGACGUAUAAGGAGAACACUGUGACUAUCACUCAUACCAUCUCUUCGCCUGAGGCUGGCUCGUUGGAUAAGAGUGCUACUGUGAAUGUUGUCUCUGCUGGGUUUAAGAUGUACAACAUCAACGUGGUGAAUGGAUACGGCACUGGUGCACAGGCUGUUGCCCUCGUUGCCAAUGCCGAUAAACUUGGCUUCUAUGCGUGCCAGUUCCUUGGUUACCAGGAUACCUUGUAUGCCAAGUCGGGAACACAGUACUAUGUCAACUCCAAGAUUCAGGGAUCCGUGGAUUACAUCUUCGGCGAUGCCUCCGCCUGGUUCGGCAACUGCGACAUUGUCUCCAAUGGUCCUGGCUAUAUCACCGCCAGCUCGCGCGAGAAGGCCACUGACACGGCCUGGUAUGCAAUUGACAGCUGCAACAUCAAGGCUGCAUCGGGGGUUAGCGAUGGAACUGUGUACCUUGGCCGUCCGUGGCGAGGACUUGCUCGCGUCAUCUACCAGAACUCCAAGCUGGGUAGUUUGAUCAAUCCCAAGGGAUGGGCGACAAUGGCAGAGGGUGCCACACCAUUCUAUUAUGAAUUUAACAAUUCCGGAGCCGGGUCGGAUACUUCUGCGCGCCUAUAUGAGACUGCGAUCUCGGCUGCGGUUACGAAGAAAACUGUCCUGGGAAGCGAUCAUGCUAGUUGGAUUGACUCGAGUUAUUAA